AUGAUGGAAAAACGUAUCAAGAUUAAUUGCAGCUCAAACAUUAUCAAAGGCAAAUUUACUAAUAAUGGAGAUCAAUGGAGAGCAUGGACAGUGACCUUGGAAGUGCCAAAAGUGGACUUGAGUGAGCAUAUUGACCAUGUGGAAUAUGUGCUUCACGCAUCAUUUGGAUCACCGCCAACAGUCUGUACAGAGCCACCCUAUCAGUUGCAAAGAGAAGGAUGGGGCGAAUUUGAUCUGCUGAUACAUAUAUUCUUCAAGGAUCCACAAGUACCAUCACCGCAGCGGUAUGUAUUUGAUUUAAACUUCAAGAGAUCGAAAUAUGCCAGUUGGCGAAAGAUAAUUCUUGGAUCUGACGCUGAAUACAAGCAAGAGGACUUUAUGAUCGACCUUGUAUUGGAGCAAGAUCGGCAAGCCCGUGCUCGUGCCAGUCCUCGUCGUCGUCCUACACCCAAACAUCAACAGCAACAGGAGGAAUCCAGCGGUAAAAAGACCAAACAUGUGUUCAAACGACAGAGAACCAUUAGUUCAACCUCUUCCUUUUCACCUACCUCCUCGCCCUCUGCCUCCUCAGUUACUUCUUUAAUCACACCACCUGCCGAUAGUAAUAACAAAGAUCUGCAACAGCAACAACAACAAGAGCCACAGCAUCCAGAUGUAGUCGUACAGCAAGAUCCAAGUCAAAACAAACAAAAAUCUGUUGGUAUACCACCUCACUACAUACUGGAUCCAGCGAAUGAUUUGAGUCUUGUACUAGACACCGAGACAAUUGAUUUGGCAGAGUUCAAGGUAUUGUUGGAAGCAUUGGAUGAUAUGCAUCUACGUCAAGUCUUUCGUAUCAUGAAAAAGUAUGAUACUAGUACAAUGGAUAUCAAAACAUCAGAUGACGGAUACUAUCUCAUUGAUUUCAGCACGGCUUGUCCUGAUCUCAUCAACGAAUUAUGGGAGUUUGUCAUUGAUGUGGAGAUUGAGAAAUGCAAGGAAUCUUCCACAGUGUCUGGACAUCAGCAGCAUGAACAGCAGCAUUAG